AGCGUUUUACUCGACGAACCGUCUCUAUGGUUUUGAGCGGCUGUUUAUAAUAGUGAAGUCGAACACAAAUUUUAGGACUGAGUGUUUCUAUGUGAUUCAGGCCGGCUGCGGGCUAGGAGAUGAGCGCCACUCAGGAGUGCCGGCGAUGUUGUGUUUUAGGAUGCCCCAAUGGGAAAACCCCAGCCAAAAUUAGCAUGCACAGAAUUCCAGAUGUGGACCCUACCGGCAGCGAACCAUGUGAUUCGUCAGAAAAAAAGCUACGGAACGAACUCCGAUCGCGAUGGCUGCGUUUGGCGGGGGUUCCCGAGGAUGUAAUUACGCCCGAAACAUCCUUUGUUUGCGCAAGGCAUUUCCCACCAAAUGCGUACCAGCACAUUGACACCGACCAGAAAAAAAUGCGACGGCUGAAGGCUCAUGCCGUUCCAUUAAUGUUCCUGCCAGGUCAGAAAAUAGAAUCAGAGGAAAAAAAAACAUCCGUCGAAAUACCUUCUCUUGCGUUUAGAGCGACAUUAGAUGAGAAAUCAGCGGACGAGGAGCUAAGUAAAAAUAGACAAUCCAGAGAAGACGAAGAUAGAAGUCCUUCAGCCGAAGAGAAUUGUCAGGUGGUUGACGAUGGCGCAGCGGAAGAUUACGUGGAGAAUGAAACCUCCUUUGAUACAACAGUUCUUUCGACAGCAAAUAGCAAUCAUGAGCCAGAGAAGCAUCUCAACAAGAAGGAUAGCGGGAAUUUUGCCUCUAGCUUGCCACCCGUUGUUUCUAAGGGCGACGCUAUCGAGCCCGUUGAAACUAUCGAAUCUGAGGACAGUGCUUCAAAAACAGGUGAUAACACUAAUAUAGGUGCGGAAGUUUUAGACGAUUCUAGUGAACCCGUGCUAUUCGUACACGUGCCUGACGAUAGCACGACGCUGGCGGCGACAACGGCAAAAUCCAGGUCAGUAGAUGGUAUCGGAACAAUUAGUAAUGGGCAUCUUAACCUAGAAGCGGAAGUGGUUAUGGACGAGCCUAAAAACACUAGCGCUACUACCGAAAAUCGUAGAAAGAACGGGGUUAUCGCCUUUACUGAAGAAAUUGAUAAGGAUGCUGAAAUCGAAACAACUAUACAAUUCGCACUUAUAAACGAUGAUAUCGAAAUGGAAGACGAAGUUAUACAGGACGACACUGCGGGAACGAAAAUCGGUCAGACAACCGACGAAGCGGUCAAAGAAAUCUCUCGGCCUAACACAUCUACGGGGGUUAGAUUUAGUCUUAGGAACAAACUUGGACAGUGCAUUGUCGAAGAAACAGAGACAGACAGUCAAGAUUCGACGCGAAGAGAAGUUGCAGCUAUAUUUGGGCAAGAUGGUAGUGAAACAGGACCUGCAAAACAAAACUCGAGGAAGCCUGCCAAAGUUAAGCCCGUAAAUGAUGAGCGAGCUGAAAUUCAACACGAAAAAGAGAUCUCAAUUUCAUCACCAGCAUCGCAAAAAAGCACUGAAAGCUUAGCGGGGUCAUCAGAGUCGGCUACCGACAGCGAAAGAAGAACGUUACGCAGCUCAUUGCUAAAAAGGGCUAGCGAAGGUCUUCUCGAAAAACCCGGACCCAGUAAGAAGAUGGCUCUCGAUGAAAUCAAAACUCAAGCAAGGAUGAAGUACUCACCCCGAAAGGUGGAUCUUGCAAAGGGUGACUCAGCCUCUCCUUCAGCUAGUCCUCCAGUUCUCAUGGGUAGACGGAACCUGCAGAUGUUGCUGAAUAAUUACGGUGAACUUAUCGCUCAGGAUAUCAGUCAAAAACUCGGAAAUUUGGCAAAAGCUCAGACCGUCAUAUUCCACAAAAUGUUCGAGAAAAUCGCGGCUCACGCACUUCUCAUGGAGCAAUUGCAUCGGGAUGUCUCAUGUCGUCUAAACAGUUGUAAAUACGCAAACUCUGUGCGGCACGCCGCGAUUCAGGUUGCUUCAGUACAGCCUUGUGUACCAGCUGCGCCACAUGUUGCCUCUAAUGCACCACAGACUACUCAGAUGGCGCCACCCCAGCAACAAAGCCUAGCUGCUCCAGGGCCAUCUGCAGCACUUGCGCGUCAGCAACAACAACAAAGCCAACAAGUCCAACAGUCGCCGCCAGGUCUGACUGGAGCUGGCGUCGUCCGCCAGGUGGUGCCGCAGUCGUUGCCUAUUGUGGGACGCGGCCGUCCUCGUUUACCACAACCUGGGGCUCGGCAGUCUACACCAAUGCUCAACGCGGCACUCCAGGCACGAUCGCCUUCUACAGCGGCACCUGUAAAACCACAAAUUGACUCCAACGCUGUCAUUGAUCUAACCGAUGACGAACCGGUUCGAGUGGAACCAGCAUCCUCACCUGUUCGAUCCUCCACUUUGUUAGCAACGCGAACACCACAAGUUGCUGGAGUAGUUCGAAGGCCCACACCGGCUACUGCCGCAGCUAUCCCUGUUGGGGGGAUUGUACCGGCCAGUGCUUUACGCGCUGUCGUACCAAACUCAAUUCAGCAGCUACCAAGGGGUCCCGUCACACCUGUACGCGCUGCUACGGUAGUUGGCAGUACGGCACAGGCUAGACUACGAGUGGCUGCACCUGUCGCAAGAGUGCCCACUGCAGUUAUGCGUCCUCGUGGCACAAUGAUAGCUGCAACACAAGUCGUUCAACGGGUACUGCCUCCUUCAACGCAGGUGGCAACGACAGUAUCCGUUUCGCAUGGGGGACAGACGAUAACUUCUCCAAGACAGUCACAACAGCAUGCCACUACAGGGACACUAGUCACAGGAAGCGGGACCACACCUACGGUUCACUUACCCCCCGAUAUCGUUAUGCGACCGAUACAAACGCAACAGGCCCAACAGCCAGUCCAUCAAACAAGUGAAAGCAGUAGCAACGUACAAGGGCGCCGAAGUACGCAGCUCAGAUUAAAGCAUCCUGCGCCGCUUCCACCCACUCCAACGUAUACCGACCAGGGAACACUGAGUACACCGCCAGCACCGAUCAUUCAGCAGAUUAAGAGAACGCAAAAGGGUAUCGUUGUAACAUUCGACGCCAAGAAGCAGCCGGGCGUUCGAUACGCGGAUACAGAGAAGUACCAGGUGUAUUCAUACGUUGAAACCAACGAUCCGCCAUCGACUUCUACGUGGAACAAGGUUGGAGAGGUGGGCUCACUUCGCCUUCCAAUGGCCUGCACAUUCACCCAGUUCAAAGAUGGACAUCGAAUUUUCUUCGCUGUGCGCGGAGUUGACGCGACGGGUAGGCUGGGGUCGUUCAACGAACCGAAAGCUAUUGAUCUCCGCGAAAACGUAAUUAUUCUUUAAAUGGCUUUUGAAAAUGCAACUGAUCCUCCCGCCAGGCAUCAUUUCGUAUCAGUUUUCCUUUGCGUUACCAGUUACUCGCCGUAUGGGAUUUUUUUUAACUCUCGAACUCGAAGCAUCACUCCGAUACCCAAAUGAUUGUAUGCAGCAAAAUCAUCAUGGUUACUGAUCAUGAACAUGAGGAUCGUAAGAACUCAAGCAGACCUACUAAAGCCAGUAAUGCAAAAGAACUAGAAAAAAACACGACCGGAGGAAACCCACUUUUGGUAUGUUUUUGACAGUAUAAUUCGCCUUUUCAUCAACAGCAACAUCUGUAUAGCUGUUGUAGUUCAUUUAUGACCCAGGAUUGUAUAAAUGUCAUGGGUGUGUGUAUAUUUGAAGACAUCGUGAAAGUCAUUGGCGUUGACAGAAUUAAGUGUGUCGUAUAGGUACGAAGUUUACGUUGGCUUGUUAGAAAUGGGUUAAGAUGGGACUUGUGGGUGCCUGAAUCGUCGUCGUCUCAAUAGACAAAUAAUCCUAUAUUCUAGUGAACGAUACGAAACCUCUUUAAUCAAUAGUAGCAAUGUAUUUGUGUAAUAAUAGAAAUAAAAAGUUAUGGCCGUUUAUGAAAGCGGCCGAUAGUUAUGGCUUGUGGGUCAGAGAAAAGCCAUUGUUAGAGAUUUACCGAGUAAGUAUUCGGGUUAGGGGGCUAGAUGGGCGUGUACAGUAAAUUCAAAGGGCUUAUUAACAAGAAAUGGUUUAGGUAAAACUUUCAGCUACUAGUGUAAUUCCUGAAACUUAGUGCCACGAAAAGAAUUUUGCUAAGCACCCCUUUUCCCUUAAAGAAAUCCCUUAAGCAUGACAUCGAUCGUUAUAUGUAUAACUAAAUUGAAUAAUUUCGAACAGUCGAGAACUGCCUAUAUGCCAGGUUGUCCAGAUUUAACUAACGGAUUGCAGGGAUGUGUCAUCAGAAGAACGGAUAUUAUGGGUACAUGAAACUAAAUAGAGGAGAACUUAAUUUACCCUUGUACGUCCAAAGCGUUUAUCCGUCGUGCAAGAAUAGGGCCAAGUCUUUGCAUCAGGCCAUGUAGUAUAAAUAUGUACAUUGCAGUGGAACAACGGGUGGACAACACCCCGAAGGAAAAAUAGAAUCAAGAAAAAGACCAAAUGAAAUAGGCUGUAGUAGUAGUACUGUGGCCUCAAAAUUCGGUAGCAGCAAUGCUCAAAUUUCAUAUAGAUCGCCAUGGCAACCCAAUGGAAAUACUACCACUGAAAAUAACAGUGAGUCCCAUCAGUCACUUGCUAGCUUCAAUCCUGAUAGGAACUAGAUUAUUAGAAAUAUUAAAUUAUUAUGUAUUAAAACAUACGUAUAUAUAAACAUAUAAUCAGUGGUUUAUUACAAUAAACGCAAUGUAAUAUAAUGAUGGUGAUGUCAGUGAGUAUUUUGGAAAAAAUUGACACCGCCCUGUUUCGCAAUUAAGGAAAAAAAUUUAUUCAAGAAACAACAGACUUUGCAACCAAACAAUGUUAAGUUGCUUUCAUUUUCAAAAAUCAGUAAAUUGUAAAGUCGAUUUAUGAGUAAAUACAGGCGUACUCUUUCAUUCAGACACGUUCAUAAAUAAUUAACUGAAUUUAAAAAAAUGCGAAACCGAAACAUAGCUGAAGAUUUGUACAAAAUAAAAAUAUAUUUGUUCCUCAAGGCGA